AUGAGAGUAUAUGGAGAAGAUAUUCUAGAUAGUAAAGUGGUAGAAAAGAUUCUAAGUACGAUAUUGAUGAAGUUUGACCAUGUGGUGAAUACAAUAGUUGAGUCACACGACACAUACACUUCGUUUGUAGCAGAAUUAUUGGAAAGUAUUGAAAUUCAUGUCAACAGAAUAUUAGAAAAGACCGAGAAAGUGGUAAAAGAAGAAGCUCUAAAAAGUCAGGUAAAUUUCAACAACACUUCUGAGUCAAGCCGUACUGUAGAAGAAAGAUUUCAAAAUAAUUACAACAAUAGAGGAAGAGGAAAUUAUAGAGGUAGAGACCGAGGAAAUUAG